AUGCUUGGCCUGGCCUUGGUCUGCUUGCUAUUACAUAGUUCUGGUGGACUGGAGACCUUCAUUUCGGCAACGAUUACCCAGCAUGAGUGCAUGUGA